AUGGAUGAUCAGUCGACUAUACCGGAACCCGGCGGUUUUAUUCGGCAGACCGGCCUCCCGUCUCCGGCUCCAUCCUCAGCCUCCACCAGGCCCAUUGCCGGACUUCCUCACCCACGCGGGCACUCACUACGGCCGGGGUCAAGUAAAGAGGACAUGGUCCGUCGUUACGUCGAAGAGCGCCUUUUAAACAUUUCACGCCGUUAUGUCAAGAAAUUCGGCAACCCAAGUCCCGGAGAUGAGGUUGUCGGGUUCAAAUCCUUUGGCGAAGUCGCCAAGGAGCUCGAUGGACUAGUAAACGUGCUAUGGAAAUCCGGAACACCGAGCUUACAAAUUCCGUUUCUAUUGAAACUAGCCAGCGACUUUACGCAAUAUGUGCGGUCCUUCCCGCCUUCUCCGCGAGCAACAUUUGAGCUACUGAGGAAACUGGACCACUGCUUCGCCAGUCUAUUGCGUGGCCAGGACAUGGAAACAAAUGAGACUCUGCCCGGAUUUGAGAAUGGCCUUCGCUCAGGCAUGACAACGACCGACAUGGUCCGGUGUCGUAGUUUGGUGGAGCAGACGAGGGUCUUGAUCGUUGAGAUAUUGAGCAGCGGCGAGGUGGACGAUGAGGAUGAAGACGAGGAUACGGAUAUGGAUGGCGAUGAAAGUGCCGCGGAGGCCAGUGGCAACCAGACCCCGACGCCAUGGGACAUUGAUGAGGAGAGAUUACACAUGGAUGCGGCGCGGAUAUACGAAAAUACUAUUGUGCAGCUGGGCGAGAGAUUAGGCGAUCCGUUAGGAAACGAAAACAAGAUUGAUAGUUCCGUAGUAUGUUCAACUAAUGAUUAG